AUGGCGAUAAGCGAUAAAGCUCUAGGCUACUGUCCCACCCGGGCAACGACAUCACCUCCCCUCAACAUCCAACUCGCACUCUUGCCACAUCGCGCCAUCAUGGAGCAAGCCAUGAAGAGCUGGGAGUUGGAAAACUCCAUCAAGCUCGUCGACCCCACGCGCGACGCGCUCUACAACUACGACGCGGACGCGCAAAAGGCGCUCGGCAACGCGAAGCCGUGGAAGGGCGACCCGCACCACUUCCAGCACGUGCGCAUCAGCGCGGUGGCGAUGCUCAAGAUGGUGAUGCACGCGCGGGCGGGGGGCGCCAUCGAGGUCAUGGGCAUCAUGCUGGGCUACGUGCGCGAGGCGACGUUCGUCGUGACGGACGCGCUGCGCCUGCCGGUCGAGGGCACCGAGACGCGCGUCAACGCCCAGGACGAGGCCAACGAGUACCUCGUGCAGUACCUCGAGCGCGCGCGCGACGCCGGCCAGCUCGAGAACGCCGUCGGCUGGUACCACAGCCACCCCGGCUACGGCUGCUGGCUGUCGGGCAUCGACGUCGGCACCCAGGCCACGCAGCAGACGUUUGGCGACCCCUUCCUCGCCGUCGUCAUCGACCCCGACCGCACCGUCUCGGCCGGCAAGGUCGAGAUCGGCGCGUUCCGCACCUAUCCCGAGGGCUACAAGCCCGAAGCGGCCAUGGGCGGCGGCGGCGGUGCGUCUUCAUCGUCGGCGUCCAACGGCGACGGCUUCCAGACGAUCCCGCUGGGCAAGAUCGAGGACUUUGGCGCGCACUCGGACCGGUACUACGCGCUGGAGGUGUCGCACUACAAGAGCACGCUCGACUCGCGCAUCCUCGAGAGCCUGUGGAACAAGUACUGGGUCGGCACGCUGUCGAGCUCGCCGCUGCUGACGAACCGCGACUACGUCACCAACCAGAUCGCCGACCUGGCCCGGAAAGUGCACGAGGCGGAGCUGGCCCGCAACGGGUUCGGCAUGGGCCUCGUCGGCAAGCUGAAGAGCGAGCGCGCCAACACGGGCGAGGACGAGCGGCUGGAGAAGCUGGCGCGGGCGGCGGCCAAGAUCACGCAGGAGGAGCGGACGGGCUUGUUGGCGGCAGAGGUCAAGGAGAAGGUCUUUGUGGGACGGUCGCUGGCUGAUAGUGCUGCUGCUGCUGCUGCUCCCGCUGCGGUACAAGGAGAUGAUGGCGAUACCGAGAUGAAGGCUUGA